GAAAGAGCGCUGCACAGAUCAGAUCCCACGAAUAACAGAACCAUUGCUUUUUCAGUGGCUAAUUAUUUGGUUAGUUGUCUUUCUUUGUGGAGCUUUUGGCGUUGCAUAAUGAGCAGGUGUGCACUGAAUACUAUAGGUUUGAUUCAUGACGUCUACAUUGGGUUGCUAGCGUGGUGAGCUGAACGAUAGUUAGCCGAGAGCCAGCUGUCAUUCGUGCACUUCAAGUUCAGCUCAAGUUAGCUCGCGUUCCGUUGAGCUCGCGACAUGUCACAAGAGGGGCAUUUCCUGGACUCUGCGGCCGGACAAAUGAAGAGCGACGUCAAGGAGAAAAAGAGCCGGAGUCGCGUGGGCGUCAUUGCCACGGGCCUGCUGGGGGGGGCGCUUGUUGCCCUGUACGCGGUGGCCGCUCCGUUUGUCGCUCCUGCCCUGCGGAAAUACUGCCUCCCGUUCGUCCCGGCGACCACAGCCCAGGUGGAGAACGUCCUCCGGGUGCUGCGAGCCAGAUCAGGGACCCUGGUGGACAUUGGCAGUGGGGAUGGAAGGAUAGUGAUCGCAGCGGCCAAGCACGGGUUUCAAGCGUCCGGCUUUGAGCUGAACCCCUGGCUGGUGUGGUAUUCUCGCUACAUGGCCAUGAGAGAGGGAGUCCACCACUCCACCUCCUUCCACAUCUCGGACCUGUGGAAGGUCAGUUUUGCUCAGUACUCCAAUGUUGUCAUAUUUGGAGUCCCUCAAAUGAUGGACCAGCUAGAGCUGAAGCUGGCAAGCGAGUUACCGGGUACAGCCAAGGUGGUGGCCUGCCGUUUUCCCUUCCCUACUUGGGUCCCUGAACAUUCUGCCGGGGAGGGCAUAGACACCGUGUGGGUAUACGACGCCAAGACAUUUAAAACCCACCUGCAACAUGGAAUGUCAAGGAGGACAAUGGCGACUCCAGAACAUGAGGAUAAACCAGAUUCACACACAUAAAUGCAAACACUUGGUGUAGAACUGAAAUUGCUGGGCAAGACUGUUUGUUUAAAAAGUCCUUAAACACAUGACUCGAGUGUGAGAUUGAAGUUGUGAAAAGACCCUGAUUGACACCGGCCUCGAUAAGCAUUUACACUCCUGUUAAAGUGGGUUGCCUCCGGUCAUCACAGGGUUAUCAGCCCCAUCAUGUCUGCACACUCGUGCCUAAAAGCAGGUGAAUGAUCAACCAAGCAUUUCGUGUUUGGUACGUGUGUGAUGCUCAAAACCAGACCAGGAAUAAAAGGGAACACGAAUGGUA